CGAGAGCUACCACUCGUAAUACACUCAUUAGCCAAGGGUGAGGGAGUUUAUCUUUAUUACCAAAAAGUAUUUAUGACAAGUACAGAAGCAGAAACUCCAAAAUUUGCAGACGAUGUGAAGCGCUGAGAACAUAUUAGUUCCACCCACGCAACACAGCCAAAAGAGACUCAAGAGACCUGAAAGCCAAAGUCUACGUGUUACUGCACAGAGAAGUUACCUUUUAUAGCCUCUAGGCCAGCCAUUACCUGCAACACAAGCCCAAAUGACGUCUACUAGCCUAUUGGGACGAUCCUUACUUAAUGAAACACGUUUAAGCAAACGUUCAUUAGUCUCACUGAUUGUCGGCCUGGUCCUUGGUUUCUGCCUGGCUGAGCUAUAUAUCUACUCUUCCAUGCCGGAACGUGGCAAUAUUAACAAUGCCAAUCACAGUCACGACAUGCUGGAGCUGUCUGGCCCCGAGCAGGACAUCGGCACGCACGAACACUCAAACGAGAACACAAGCAUUGCCGAGAAAUUGCAUAGCGAAGUGCGCAUUCUCUGCUGGAUUAUGACAAAUCCCUCCAAUCACAAGAAGAAGGCGCGCCAUGUGAAGCGCACCUGGGGCAAGCGAUGCAACAAGCUGAUCUUCAUGAGCUCAGCCAAGGAUGAGGAGCUGGAUGCUGUGGCCCUGCCCAUUGGCGAGGGUCGCAACAAUCUGUGGGGCAAGACAAAGGAGGCCUACAAAUACAUCUACGAGCAUCAUAUCAACGAUGCGGACUGGUUCCUCAAGGCUGACGAUGACACCUAUACGAUUGUGGAGAACAUGCGCUAUAUGCUAUAUCCCUAUAAUCCAGAGACGCCCGUCUAUUUUGGCUGCAAGUUCAAGCCAUAUGUCAAGCAGGGCUAUAUGUCCGGUGGAGCUGGCUACGUGCUCAGUCGCGAGGCAGUGCGUCGCUUCGUGGUGGAAGCCUUGCCCAAUCCCAAGCUAUGCAAAAAGGAUAACGACGGCGCCGAGGAUGUUGAGAUGGGCAAAUGCUUGGAGAAUGUCAAAGUGAUGGCUGGUGAUUCCCGUGACUCUAUUGGACGUGGGCGCUUCUUCCCUUUUGUGCCGGAAGAUCAUUUGAAACCCAAUGUGGACCCAAAGUACUGGUACUGGCAGUACCUCUACUACAAGACAAAUGAGGGUAUGGACGGCUGCUCGGAUUAUGCUAUAUCAUUCCACUAUGUCUCGCCCAAGCAAAUGUAUGUGCUAGAGUAUUUUAUAUAUCAUUUGCGACCAUAUGGUAUAGUUGAUAAGCCAGAUGUAUUGCCCAAUAAGCUGGCGCUGGGCCAACUGAUGCCAGCACCCAAAGAGCUAAAUCAGACUGAAGAAUUCAAGCCAGCGGAGCAGUCGAAUACGACCAAUACGACCAAAUCGGAACAGGAAGCACGAUGA